AUGCCAAUCGACUACGACUCCUACUUCACCACCGUUGGACAAUCCGGAUUUACAGUAACCUUCAAUUUCAAUUUCCAUUUCGAGGUAGAAGAAUGUGUUCGAUACACAGCUCUAUCGACUCCAUCAACAUACUUAAGGCAGGUCACUCAAUCGGCGGUGUCAACGUGGACCAAAAUGGAUCAAUUAUUCAACCGUAAACAGGCCUCGAAAUUCCUCGAUGAUCAUCUCCGGUUAUGGCUCUUCCAAGAAGACGAGCGAUUAGGCUACGAAGCGAUUAGCUUGUUGGCGGACAUGGAUUCGAGAUGGGAUUCCGUCGAGAUUCCGCGUGAUGUGUCUAUAAAACACAGCCACGUUUUUAACGAUGAGUCUCUGCCGCCUUGGAUAGAGCUCUUGAAAAAUAUGGUUAUAAUGCCGGCGGACUCUACAAUGACUUGCACUGUUUGCUUGGAAGUGAUGACCGGAGAAGGCGAGCCGGCGGCGGCGAUGCCGUGUCAGCAUAUUUUUCAUGAAGAUUGCAUCAAGAAGUGGCUGAUAAUGAGCCAUUAUUGCUCUCUAUGCAGGUUUGAGUUAACGAAGCAAGAUUAA